CCCGCCCACCGCCCGACGGCGGAAGUCCGGUCCGCGGCUUCUCCAGGUUUCCUCGUGCGUUCCACCGCCGGCAUGGCGCAUUACAACUUCAAGAAGAUUACGGUGGUGCCGUCUGCCAAGGACUUUAUUGACCUGACGUUAUCCAAGACUCAACGAAAGACUCCAACGGUUAUUCAUAAACAUUAUCAAAUUCAUCGAAUUCGACAAUUUUAUAUGAGAAAAGUCAAAUUUACUCAACAGAAUUACCAUGACAGACUGUCACAGAUUCUGACGGAUUUCCCCAAAUUGGAUGAUAUCCAUCCAUUUUACGCUGACUUGAUGAAUAUUCUCUAUGACAAGGAUCACUACAAGUUGGCUCUAGGUCAAAUAAAUAUUGCCAAAAACUUGGUGGACAAUGUUGCUAAAGACUAUGUGCGCCUUAUGAAAUACGGUGAUUCUCUGUACCGAUGCAAGCAGCUGAAGCGUGCUGCCCUUGGACGAAUGUGUACUAUUAUCAAGAGACAGAGGCAGAGCUUGGAGUAUCUGGAACAAGUACGUCAACAUUUAUCCCGCUUGCCAACCAUUGAUCCAAAUACAAGGACUCUGCUUUUGUGUGGGUAUCCAAAUGUUGGGAAAUCCAGCUUCAUCAACAAGGUGACAAGAGCAGAUGUGGAUGUUCAGCCCUAUGCAUUUACCACCAAAUCUCUGUUUGUUGGGCACAUGGAUUAUAAGUAUCUGCGCUGGCAGGUUGUAGAUACCCCAGGGAUUUUGGAUCAUCCUUUGGAGGAUCGGAACACCAUUGAGAUGCAGGCCAUCACAGCCCUGGCCCACCUCCGAGCUGCAGUUCUGUAUGUGAUGGACUUGUCUGAGCAGUGUGGACAUGGGUUAAAGGAGCAGUUAGAACUCUUCCAGAAUAUUAGACCUCUGUUUAUCAACAAGCCUCUUAUUGUUGUAGCAAACAAAUGUGAUGUGAAGAGACUAGCUGAACUUUCUGAAGAAGAUCAGAAAAUAUUUCUAGACUUGCAGGCUGAAGGAUUCCCUGUCAUCGAGACCAGUACCCUGACUGAAGAAGGUGUCAUUCAAGUUAAAACAGAGGCUUGUGACAGACUUUUGGCUCACCGAGUAGAAACGAAAAUGAAAGGAAAUAAAGUGAAUGAGGUUCUGAACAGAUUGCACUUAGCUGUGCCGAACAAGAGAGAUGACAAGGAGAGACCCCCUUUCAUCCCAGAAGGAGUGAUAGCUCGAAGGAAGAGAAUGGAAAUUGAAGAGCCCAAGAAGAAGAGGGAACGAGAUCUUGAGCUGGAAAUGGGAGAUGAUUACAUCUUGGAUCUUCAGAAAUACUGGGACUUGAUGAAUUCAUCUGAGAAAUAUGACAAGAUACCAGAAAUUUGGGAAGGCCACAAUGUUGCUGAUUAUAUUGAUCCUGCUAUCAUGAAGAAAUUAGAAGAGUUGGAAAAGGAAGAAGAGCUAAGAACAGCUGCUGGGGAGUAUGACAGUGACUCAGAGAGUGAAGACGAGGAAAUGAUGGAAAUCCGACAGCUGGCAAAACAAAUUAGAGAAAAGAAGAAGUUGAAAAUUCUGCAAUCCAAAGAAAAGAAUACACAGGGACCCAGGAUGCCACGAACUGCCAAGAAGGUUCAACGGGCAGAUUUAGAGAAUGAGAUGCGUAGUCUUGGUGUGGACAUGGAUGAUAAAAACAAUGCCCACUAUGCAGUCCAGGCAAGAAGAUCUCGGAGUGUCACUAGGAAACGAAAACGAGAAGAAUCUGUUCCACCCUCUUCCAUAGCCCGGAGUCGUAGUUGCUCUAAAACUCCACGUGAUGUUUCUGGGCUUCGGGAUGUCAAGAUGGUGAAGAAAGCCAAGACUAUGAUGAAGAAAGCUCAGAAGAAGAUGAAUCGCUUGGGGAAAAAAGGGGAAGCGGAUAGGCAUGUGUUUGAUAUGAAGCCCAAGCACUUGCUGUCUGGGAAGAGGAAAGCUGGUAAAAAGGACAGGAGAUAAUGUCCUCUUCGGUUGGAACAGUUUAACUAGACUCUUGGUUAUUUUUGGGUGUGGAAUGGUGUGUUUAUAGUUUUUGGAAUCGCCAUCUGUUAACCAAAAGAAACAAUGGGAAUGACUUUUAAAUGCUUGCUGCUUUGCUGAAAACUGGUAAAGCCUACUAAGUGUGCAGUGCUGUCUGUGGUCACUACGCAGUUUGGAUGUUUACGUACAGAGUUCUGUACUUGAUGAGCUUCUUUCAACGUUUUACAGAAAAGACUUACUGGUGUAAAGAGGCUGCUUGGUGGAAGAAAACUGUUUUGUAGUGGGACUUUUGUCACCCAGAGUACCUAUUUUUGUUAAGAAAGUAUCCCUGCUGGGGGUCUAGGCAGAAGGCUAUCCUCCUUACAUUCAGGGUUUAUCAGAGCUUAAACUACUCUUAAAUUAUUUUCUAAAUCUGUAGUACAAUGUAUCAUUGUAACUUCAACCAUUUUAUCCAAGUAAACACCCAGCAAAAAUACAGUUUGAUUACUUACAUUUUGUUUGAUUUAAUUGCAAGACACUUGAUGGCCACAAGGAGGGGAGGCGGGGAAUAGGACUUUGCUUUUUUGUUCUUAGAGCAAAAGAUACUUUUUUAAAGGAAAUAAGUGCCUGGGGUAUAGGCUCAAAACC